AUGCUUUCUCAAAAGUAUCCAUCCAUCCUCAAAAGUAUCCAUCCAUCCUCUGUUCGUACAAGUAAGGAAAAAAAAAAAAAAUUUAGCAGUCCAACACAACAUCAACAAACAAACAAACAAACCAGAUGGUGGAAAAAAAAAAAAGUUACAACCAAUCCAACCCAACCCAACCCAACCCAACCCAACCCAACCCAACCCAACCCAACCAUCUUAUCAAAAAGAUACUACUACAUUGAUUGUUCAUAUAUAUUUAUAUCUAUUAUGGCAUCGAGAGAACUAACACCUAUUCCAACAGGAGCCACUACUGGUACUGGUACUGCAGCCACUAAUGGUUCAAACACAUCAACACCAUUAAUGCCAUCAAUAGUUCAAAUAUCACGACCAUUUUUCACUCAUAAAGAAAUAUCAUAUUUACAUAAUCAAACCAUUCCAGAAAGUCUUAAACCCCAUUAUACUAAUAUUAAAAAUAACGUAUUUCAAUUUUUAUUUCAAAUUAUUAAACAAUUAAAAUUCCCAUUACGAGUAUUAGCCACAGCCAUGAAUUAUUAUCAACGAUAUUAUUUAUUUAAUAAAUUUGAAACCAAUAACAAUAGUAGUGGUGGUGGUGGUAAUGGUAAUGGUGGGGCCACUUUUGAUUUUUCUGAUGAUCCUCAUACUAUAGCUAUAACUUGUUUAUUUUUAGCUAGUAAAGUUGAAGAUUGUAUUAAACGAUUAAAAGAUAUUCAAACGAUAGCUAAUAAAUUACGAGAUCAAAAUAUUGAUGAAAAUAAAAUUAUUGAAUCUAGUGGAUUAUCAUAUAUUGAUCAUCAAAGGAAACAUAUAUUAUCUAUUGAAUAUAAAUUAUUACAAAUUAUUAAAUUUGAUUUUAAUAAUGGUCCAAUUACAAUAAGAACUAGUGUUGAUAAUUUAAUAAUUCAAUUUUGUAAAAAUAUGAAAAUUAAUUAUAAAUUAUCCAUGUUGGCGUGGUUAAUUAAUUUUGAUAUAAUGUCUACUCCAUUAAGUUUGGUUGUACCUCCUCAUUGUAUUGCUUUGGCUAUUAUAAUUAUUAGUUUGAAUUUAAAUCCAAUUGAAAUCAAAUUAAACCAUGAACCACAAGAAGAAGAAGAAGAAGAGGAAGGCAAUUAUUUAUCUGCACAAGAAAUAUUACAAUCUUUAGAUAGUGAUGAUUUUAAAUGUCCUGAAGUUUUAGUUAAUGAAGCCAUAAUUUAUAUAUUGGAUUAUUAUAUUCAUCAAUAUCAAAUAUCAAUUUUAAAUGUUUAUUUACCUUUGAUUGAUUCAGAAUCAGGUAAAGAACAAGGUUAUAAAUUUAUGAAAUUAAAAUCGGAAUUUAAUGAAAUUAAAAUAAUGGAUGAAACUAGUUGUUCUAAAUUAUUAAAUGAAACUGAUGAAUAUUUAAAUAAAUGGGAUUAUACAAUUAGUUCUAAAGGUUCAACAAGAUUUAUGUUAAGUAAUAAAAGAAGGAGGUUUAAUAAAGAAUUAGAAAAAUAA